UCCUUCGUGGCGCUUCGUUUAAGUCGUUACGUGGCAGUGGUAGCUGUGCUCUCCGUCUCCCUGCUGGAACACAAACUCCACCUCCGUAAUCCGGUGGUUGGCCGAGGUUUCCUAGGUGCUUCGUCUUUCUCUCUCUCUUUCCACUCUCCGUUUUCUGUGUAUAGUAACAGUAAUAGCGGAAUAAAAAGAAGAUGUUUACCUUGUCAGAGGUUCUUGCCCUUCUAGCCCUCUUCUCCAGCACGGCGUCCGGUUACUUUGUUAGCAUAGACGCGCACGCCGAUGAGUGCUUCUUUGAACGGGUCAACUCCGGUACCAAGAUGGGCCUCAUGUUUGAGGUAGCGGAAGGAGGCUUCUUGGAUAUCGAUGUGGAGAUUACAGGGCCUGACGGUAAACAGAUUUAUAAAGGAGACCGGGAAUCCAGUGGGAAAUACUCGGUUGCUGCCCACAUGGACGGGACGUACAAAUUCUGCUUCAGCAACAAAAUGUCAACCAUGACACCCAAGAUUGUGAUGUUCACUAUUGACAUUGGAGAGGCUCCGAAAGGGCAGGACAUGGAGACGGAAGGCGGUGGCGAUACCUGGGAUGCUCACCAGAACAAGUUGGAAGAGAUGAUCAAUGAGCUGGCUGUGGCAAUGACUGCAGUGAAGCAUGAGCAGGAGUACAUGGAGGUCCGAGAGAGGAUACACAGAGCAAUUAACGACAACACGAACAGCAGAGUGGUUCUUUGGUCAUUCUUUGAAGCUUUGGUACUUGUAGCGAUGACCCUUGGACAGAUUUAUUACCUGAAGAGGUUUUUCGAAGUGCGAAGAGUUGUGUAAAAAAAAAAAAAAAAAACGUUUCUAACACAUUUCACAAUUUACCAAAAUCUUUAGUCACAACAACAAUUACUUCAGGUUUGACAUCCGAGUUUAUUAGACUUUCAAAAGCCUUUACACAACGUGUUUUUGUUUUUUGAUGUUUAUUUAAUUUCCUUUAGUCUUUUUUAUUUUUGGUUUUUAUGUUCCUCUGCUAGCAGAAGUUACAGUGUAGUUUCUGGCCACUUGCAACUUCUCUUAUUACAGAUUAAAACUGCAUCUUUAAAUUCAAGACAAGGUUAUCUUAACGUUUCAACUCUUGAUUGUAUAAUACAGCAGUAUAUAUUUGGGGAUUGUUUUUUCUGUAUAACAGACACCAACCCUUGCAGUUUUGAAGUGGCUGUGCACAUUGUUAGGUUUUAAUCUGGGAAGGUUUUAAUUUGAAUCAUUUACAGCAUUCACGACUGGUAAGUCUUUAGCUACAAAACUUACCAAUUGUAUCUACACAGUGCAGGUAGAAAGUUCAUUCACGCUGGAAAAAAGAUUAUAGAGCCAUAUUUACUGUUUCAAUCUGCCUUUCCUACAACUAAAGGAUUUCGGUUUUUGUUACAUGACAAGUUGCCUGACUGUAGUGGUUACUGUGAAGGUUACAACUUCAACAUACUGCAAAUGGGUUCAUAUAGUUGUCUAAAACAGAAGAAUUGAUCACUUUACCCAUCACUGUCUGAGGAUACACGAAAAUGCUGUGAAGUCCUGGUGGGGCACACAGGGUUAAAUAAUUGAUAUAGUGUCCUUUUCUUUACUAUAGCCUUUUGAAAAGGACCUUACAAAUACUGUAAUGUAUACAGCCACAGUUUCAAUUCCUGUGCUCCUUAUUGUCUGUUUCUAAUUGGUUCUUGUACAUUCUUUCACCUUUGAGACACAUAGGGUUUUGAAAAUGUGUUUCUCUAUGGGGGCAAAAUAAACUUUCAUUUUAGUAUCUUUUAAUGAUGGGUUUAAAGUAAUCAAUAUUAGUUCAAGGUGUGGGUGGAUCAGGAAAAUGUGACUGGUGUAAAUUAGUUGCUUGUACUUUUUUGUCUUUGAAGAAAAAAAAAACUUAAUGGCAACACGAUUUUGUACAAUUAAUUUACUAUUUGUUACAGCUAUUCAUGUUAAAGGUAAACUUGUAUUACUUCGAGGGAAACUGAUGUUGCAGCAGUUAUUGGUAAAUAGGGUUAACCAAACCCCUUAAAUAAAGCAAUGGCUGCUGUGUGCCAUUAUGGAAAUAUUUUUGUGUAACAUCUUUGACACCUCAGAAUACAAUGUGAAGUUAAAAAUGCUGAUGUAUGUUAAUAUGACCCAGGUUUAGUAAAUAAUAAACACAGCAUUCUUUAAAAAAAAGAA